GGGGACACGAGAGGAGACCCUCAGCCCUGCGACCACAGCGCGGACACGGCCUCGCCUCUGAUGACCAUCAAGAGGUGAAAGCAGCAUCAGAGGGAAGGUGUGGAUAAACCUUGAGGUGCCGUUGUUGGAGUAGCUCCAUGCGCUAUCCCCCAGCUCAUCAGAAUCAUGAACUAUAACUCCAGCACGGUGCCCUGGGACCCUGGUGCUCUCCAGCAGCCCUCUCUGGUCAACAGCGCUGUAAAGAUGGCCCUCAUUUCGGCUAUCGUGUGCACGUCUCUUUUCGGUAAUGUGGUGGUGCUGCUGGUGUUCCAGCGCAAGCCACAGCUGCUGCAUGUGGCCAAUCGCUUUGUGCUCAACCUGCUGUUGGCUGACCUGCUGCAGACCGUGCUGGUCAUGCCCUUCGUCAUUGCCGCCGCCGCACCUGGUGUCUGGCCCCUGGACACUCGUCUGUGCCAAGCCCUGGUUGUCCUUAUGCACCUUUUCGCAUUUGCAGGGGUUAACACCAUCAUUGUGGUGUCGGUGGACCGAUACCUGGCCAUCAUCCACCCACUGUCCUAUCCCACGCGCAUGACGCCCCACCUGGGCACAAACCUCAUCGCCCUCACCUGGCUGCUGGGCCUGCUGCAGAGCACUCCGCCCCUCUAUGGUUGGGGAACCAUCGACUUCGACCGACAACACAAUGCCUGCACGGUGGUGUGGUCCUCCAGCUACUCUUACUCAGCCCUGGUGGCCACACUCUCCUUCUGGCUGCCUGUGGCCAUCAUGCUGUGCUGCUACUGGAUGGUGUUCAGAGCAGCCAGACGACAGAACGCUCUGGUGCAUCCCAUCCAGAGCAACCAGCCUCCAGACUCCCAAGUGUCCUGUUCCAGUCCCCAAAGACAGCAGCAGCCCCAACCUGAAGGUCCUUUCUCAGCCACGUAUCCCAUCAAGAAUCGGCACAGGCGCUUCCACUACCACUGCAAGGCGGCGCGGGUGGUGUUCGUGGUCAUGGCAUCCUACAUUCUGGGCAUGGGUCCCUACAGCAUCCUGAGCACAGUGUCCAUGCGCUCGGGGGUCUCUAUACCACCCUGGCUGGCCUCGCUGUCACUCGUCCUCUUCUUCCUGCAGUGCUGCCUGCAUCCGUACAUCUACGGCUACAUGCACCGCAGCGUCCGUAAGGAGUUCCUGGCAUUGCUCUGCGGGCCACUGUGUGUCCAGAGGGGGCCAGGCCGAGGCUCAGCAGCCGAAAGCUGCUUCACAGUGACAGACGGGCGCUCAGCGCAUGGCCCACACCUGCACCCAUCUGGCCCUGGCCAUUCGGCCCGAGUAUGCCCCCUCCGCACCUGGGAGGAAGCCGCUUCGUCCUCGCCCACGGAAAGGAGGUCCAGGGAGAGCCACAAAGAGACCACCUCCAUCAGCCUGAGCUCUGAGAGGGAGCUGACCGUUCACAGCAGCAAGUGA